UUUUGGGUGACGCAUAUUGGAGUGAUAUUGUUAUCUCAGGAGAAAAUGGAAGAUUUACAAAUAAGGAACGGUCUGAAGGUCUUCAGCGGUGCGCGGUGUAGGCGGGUUGACAUCCAGGGGAUCCGACAACCCUGAACGCAGCAUAGAGUUCCAAGGCGAGAGCAAAGCAGCGGCAUCAAGCUGCCAGCCGGACCGUAUCGUCGCUCUCCUCCGCCGGACACAAAGAGGUCAGGGGACAUUUGACAGCUCCGUGCCCCAGAGGGGGUUGCUAUGAUGGAGACACCGGGGAGGAUAGCAAAUACACAGGACGCCUUGGACUUCACCGUGGAGAACGUUGAAAAGGCACUCCAUCAACUGUACUAUGAUCCCAAUAUCGACAACAAGAAUCUAGCUCAAAAGUGGCUUAUGCAAGCCCAGGUGUCUCCUCAGGCCUGGCAGUUUUGCUGGGCUCUGCUCAGCCCAGACAAGGUGCCGGAGAUCCAGUAUUUCGGCGCCAGCGCGCUCCACACCAAAAUCUCCCGCUACUGGUCGGACAUCCCUAGCGACCAGUAUGAGUCGCUGAAAAGCCAGCUGUUUUCGCAGAUCGCCUGCUUCUCCUCAGGCGCCAAGAUGGUGCUCACGCGGCUGUGCGUGGCGUUGGCGUCGCUGGCGCUCAACACCAUGCCCGAGGCUUGGCCCGGCGCCGUGGCCGAGAUGGUGCGGGUGUUCCAGGAGGAGGGCGGAGGCAUUGACGGGCGGGCGCGUUGCCUGGCACUGCUGGAGCUCCUCACGGUCCUUCCAGAGGAGUUCCAGACCAGCCGGUUGCCGCAGUAUAGAAAGGGACAGGUCCGGGGUGCCCUAGGCCGGGAGUGGGGCUCCGUGUGCCCGCUGCUGCAGCAACUGUUGCGCCGGACGGACAGCCCCGGCGCAGUGAAGGCCCGCGUGCUGCGCUGCCUGUCGUCCUGGGUGCUGCUGGAUGUGCCGCUCAGCGAGAGCGAAGGCCUGGUGCACGACUGCUUUGUUGCCCUGUCCGACCCCGAGCUCUUCGACACCGCUGUGGAGGCGCUGGUCAAUGCCAUCUCACAGCCAGACUCCCAAAGAGGGCACACGAUUGGUCCAGCCGCAUCCUGUUGCCAGGCAACCCUUUUCCCCCUGUCUCUGAGGUACGUGAACACGUUGCUGAAGCUAGUCCCUCCAGUGCUGGCUCUCCAGGACCAGCUCAGAGAGGCCGUCCAGAGCGGCGACAUGGAGACUUGUCACGGCAUUUGCCGCGUUGCUGUUACGUUGGGAGAGAACCACUCCAGGAUUCUGCUGGAGCAGGUGGAUCACUGGCAGAGCUUCCUUGCUUUAGUCAACAUGAUCAUGUUUUGCACAGGCAUCCCCGGCCACUACCCAGUUAACGAGACCACCAGCUCGCUCACACUGACCUUCUGGUACACGCUACAAGAUGAAAUCAUGUCAUUUGAGACAAACAAGCAAGCAGUGUACCUGCAAGUGUACAGGCCAGUGUAUUUCCAGCUUGUGGACGUUUUGCUCCACAAAGCCCAGUUCCCUUCGGACCAAGAGUACGCAUCAUGGACCUCGGAUGAAAAAGAGCAGUUCCGUAUCUACAGGGUGGACAUCUCUGACACGCUCAUGUAUGUCUACGAGAUGCUGGGUGCUGAGCUGCUGAGUAAUCUCUAUGACAAACUGGGUCGACUCUUGACAAAUACAGAGCAGCCCACGUCGUGGCAGCACACAGAGGCUUUGCUGUACGGUUUCCAGUCCAUUGCGGAGACGAUAGACGUCAAUUACUCUGACGUCAUUCCGGGCCUCAUAGGCCUCAUCCCCAGAAUCAGCAUCAACAACGUUCAGCUGGCUGACACAGUGAUGUUCACUAUUGGUGCUCUGGCUGAGUGGUUGGCAGACCACCCGGUGAUGCUGAGUAGCGUCCUGCCCCUGGUCCUACAGGCUCUGGGUAACCCGGACCUUUCCAUCUCAUCCGUUUCUACACUAAAGAAGAUCUGCCGCGAGUGCAAAAGUGACCUGCCGCCUUAUGCCACCAACAUAGUAGCCGUAUCUCAGGAGGUUCUAAUAAAGCAGAUCCACAAGACGAGUCAGUGCAUGUGGCUGAUGCAGGCAUUGGGCUUCCUCCUUUCUGCGCUACCCGUGGAGGACAUUCUGAGGAAUCUUCACUCUCUAAUCACGCCUUACAUUCAGCAACUGGAGAAGCUGGCGGAGGAGACGCCUAAUCCGUCCAAUAAAUUAGCCAUCAUCCACAUCUUGGGGCUGCUGUCCAACUUGUUCACCACGCUUGACAUCAGCAAACAGGAUGAAGAAUCGGAGGACGGAUCGGCUGCGCCUGUCAAAACGGCCCCUCCCCCACCGGGACCCAACCCGGUGGUGGUUGUCCUGCAGCAAGUGUUUGCCCUCAUCCAGACCGUACUGGGCAAGUGGCUGAACGACUCGCAGGUGGUCGAGGCGGUGUGCGCCAUCUUUGAGAAGUCGGUCAAGACGCUGCUGCACAACUUUGCCCCCAUGGUUUCGCAGCUGAGCCAAAUGCUGGGACAGAUGUACAGCACCAUCCCCCAAGCCUCGGCCCUCGACCUCACACGACAGCUGGUCCACAUCUUCGCCAGCCAGACGGAGCAUUUCCCUCCCAUCAAGGCUCUGUUUGAGCUUGUUACCUCUGUAACGCUGUCCAUCUUCCAGCAAGGACCCAGGGAUCAUCCUGAUAUUGUUGAUUCAUUUAUGCAACUCCAAGCUCAGGCUCUCAAACGGAAGCCCGAUUUGUACUUGUCUGAGAGUCUCGACGUAAAAGCCGUGUACCACUGUGGACUGCUAUCGCUUAAGUUUCCCGAGGCUCCGACCGUCAAGUCGACAUGUCUCUUCUUUACUGAGCUGUUGCCCCGCUGUUUAGACGUGCCCCCGGUGGCCAGGCUACUGCAAGAGGAUGGCAAGCUAUUGAUCCAGGCCCUUUUGGAGGGUGUCGGCGGCGGGGCGUCUCGGAACCUGAUGGACCAUUUUGCGGAGGUGCUGUUCAGUCUGAACAAGCAUUGCUUCUCGCUGCUGGCCAUGUGGCUAAAAGUGGCGCUGCAACCGCCAGGCUUCCCGUCAUCGCGAGUCACGUCGCAGCAGAAGGACCAUUUCUCCCAGCAGAUACUCAGAGAGCGAGUGAACAAGCGGCGGGUGAAGGAAAUCGUCAAGGAGUUUACAUUGCUUUGCCGAGGCCUCCACGGCACCGAGUACGCCGCUGAGUACUGAGCACCGACGUCGGAGGGGGAAAAGCAAAACCCCAGCAGGUGACACAGCCGGCAAGCAACCUGUGAUGGGCGGGACAAGACGUGGAACUCCUUUUAAUGGACAAACACCCUUGUGGCUUUUAGGGAGGUUCUCCCCCCCCCUCCCCCCUCCUUCAGCUUCCCAGCAUGCUGCCUCGUGUCCCCUCCAACUUCCUUUCACUGCAAGAUCCCUCAAAAUGGAAAAAAAAUAAUCCAUUUGGAGGUUGUGGGGGUCUCGUUCAGCCUUCUCUCGAUCUUCCCGUGGUUUCCUGGUGAUUAUCCAUGUGAAAUGAAAAUGGUAUCGUAACGUAGCAACUAGACGUACUCAUUCAGGAUGACUUAUACAUAAAUAUACGUAUAUAAUAGAUAUAUAUUUAUAUCGAGAGAGGAAGUCGUGCUGCUACUGGGGAGGAACUGGUGAAAAUGUCAUGGGGGGGGAUUCAGAAUCACCCGGUGUUACCCGCUCUUGCCAAAUGAUCAAGUCGUGUGAGUAUGUUCCACAAUAGAAUGUGUUUGAAACUAAAGGACGAGCCAGGAACUCUGGGGGAGGGGGGGAACGAGGUGGGGCCUGGGGUGGGGAAGCUACGAGAGCCUGAUGAAUCAUCAUUUGUUAUUUCUUCGCUUAAUAAAGCUCUCGGAGGAUAACAAGUUGUCCCUAAAGUCUGGACACGGGCAAGAUAAAAAAAAGUGUUUGGUGGACACGUUGUCCUGUCCGCCAAGUUCUGAGAUUCAGGCCUUGAAUCUGGGCUCAAGCCUUAUGUGUGAAAUGUUGCAUGUCUUCCGACUGCCUCCCACAUGCCAAAAACGUGUGUCAGGUUUAUUCAAGACUCAAAAUCGUCAAUGUCGUGAUUGCUUUCUUUUAUCGAUCUGUACCCUGCCGUUUAUUGGCGACCAAUCCAGGGUGGAACCCGCCUCACUCAUCAAAAGGUCCUUUAGGUCAAUUGAAGACUUAAUUGUCCAUAACUGUGCGUGUGAAAAAUAAGUUGAUGAAUUAAAAUUCUAUCCAAUUGAAAUAACAUUUCCAACAAUGAUGCAAUCCAAUAAUGCCACAUUCAAGCUGUCAGCGGCCCGUAUGUCCAGAUUUUAGGGCUAUCAUGGACAACGGUUUCCCCACCCCUGUACCGGUCAUAAAAAUAAUCAAAAUUGUGCAUAUUAUUAGUCAUUUCUGCUCCGUAUUUUGAGUGUGCGUGUUCAUAGCUGCAUCUUUAGCGCCCCCAUCCACCGCACUUAUAUUGGACCUAAAAGUACAUCAACAUAACCUCCUCAUCUUUUACUCCACUAAAAAAAAAAAGAAAGAAAGACACUUCUUCAAGUCUCACAUCUUCUCACCAGACCAUCAUGGAACAGACGCCCCAAAAAUCGGGAGCGGUCGCCUCAACGGAGGAUCCAACGGGAUUAGAGGGUGAAAAUACCGACAAAGGGGACCAUCACCAUCAUCAUCAUCAUCAUCAUCAGCAUUCAAAUGUAUCUACUCCCAUGCACACUCUAAUCCUGCUGUUUUAUCCGAGGUGCCUGCAGACAUGUAGCAUGUGUUUGUGUUUAGUAAGGGAAGGUACGGAGGCUUUUGAGACUAUUGACCUCUUCUGGAUUUGGGAAGUCUAAGGAGUUUGGAUUUGAACAGUGACAGACUGGAUGGACAUAUGUGUGAGGGGAAAGAAGUUAAAAGAUGAUGGUGGAGAAUCAAGGGGAGUGUUUGAAAUGUACAUUGUUUUUUUGUACCUUGGCUUUAAUUUAUUAAAUAUAUCUAAGACUGCA